AGAAUUUCUACGAGAAAAUGUUAGUUUGAGUACACAUCGCAGUUAUCCUGUGUCCAAUUCAUUGUUAAAUCUCGGUAGAAUACGAUUGGUCGCCAUGCAGCCUGUUACAAUAGUGGAAGAUAAUCCUCAGCGGGAGGGCUAUGCCGGGAACUACAGAGUAGGGGCUGUCACAUGUGUCUCUGUGAUGCUAUUGCUAUACGCCAUAGGGGUGGCGGUUUGUGGAGGUGUUGGAUAUAUCGCAGGUGCGAUACCCCCAUCUACCAUAUUAUACUAUCAGAUCUGCGCCUUCGCUCUCGGAGGGCUUUAUCUUUUAACUUCAGUCAUCGGAUUUGGAACAGCGUGUAGGAACAUGUGCAUGAUUGUGUUCUUCCUGAUAACGUGUAUCUUGUCAAUGGUGGGAAGUUUAUCAGCUUGCGGGUACUUCUUCUACUGCAUCUACUGGUUUGUAGACAUAGAGACAGAUUUGCGGCAGUGUUAUGCAGUGUGUUUGUAUUUCUUCAUCCCUAAUUGUGUCUCGGCUUUUUUGAGUAUUAUCGGUUUCUUCACUGCUCUGGCCGGGUCUAUCUACUGCUGCAAGGGCAUGUCCUCCCCCAGUAACAGAAUAGCGUCUCAAUGGUUACGGUUAGCUCCCAAUCAGCCACUUGUCAUCGACUAUUAGUAUAAAUGAUGGAUGAAUUCAGUGGCGUACACAUAGGGGACUUGGGGCAGUUCCCCCCACCCCCCCCCCC